GAGGCAAGCACAAUGAUUUGGACAAUGUCGGCUACACACCACGUCACCAUACAUUCUUUGAGAUGUUGGGUAACUUCUCCUUCGGAAAGUACAGCCGUAGUGAGGCCAUAGCUUACGCAUGGGAGUACCUCACAGAACACCUCAGACUGCCUGUGGAAAGGCUACAUGUAACCACACACGUGGAGGAUAAGGAGUCGUACAGG